UUUUUUUCUUCUACUUUAUUUAUUUUUCUCGUUACAAAUAAAACCAUACAAACCAUGGCGACGGAUCAAGAAAUGCUGGAUCGAAUUGCAAAGCUGAGUACAGCCAUCGAACAGCAAAAAAAUAUACAAGCUUUUGGACCCAGAAAGACUUACACACCGACCCCAUUUCGACCGGCUAGUUAUAGUGCACCUAGAGGUCGAGGUGGAAACAUGUCAACUCGACCCAGCUAUGUUUCACAUCAUGUGAGGCCAGCACCAUAUGCUGCUCCAUAUGCUAGACCUGCUCCAUAUGCCAGACCUCCUCCGUAUGUAAGGCCUGCUCCAUACCCAGCACCACAUUCCGCCCCUUAUACUAGACCACCGCCCUAUGUCAGACCUCAUGUACCUACCCCCACCAACCACAAUAGAACGCUGGUGUUGAAUGGAGCUCCUCGCAAGAACCUCAUCAUCAAUCACAAAGGUACUACAACGACCAAUAAUACCAUGGUCGAAACCACCGAUGCCACCACAGGUAGAAAGCAAGUGUCUAUCAAUGGUGUGGAUUUUGUUGUAAAAGGAAAAAAGUUGGUGCGCAAAGACUUGUUCGAUUCAAAUACAUCAAAGUCGAAUCUUAUGAGCACACUGACUGGACCCAAGGUACUUGUUCGACGUACCAUCAAAAGACGAGACAAAAAUCAAAAUAUGGUAUUGGGUAAAACACCAGCACGUAUAAUGAAACCCAAAAAGGUGAUGAGACGUACGAAAGGAGGUAAUAUGGUGUUUACGAGAGGACCCGAAGGUUAUGUCCGACAAGGCAUACAUGGCAAAUCCUUAAUUUUAAACACCCAAGCGAAAAAGAAACCUCGUUACUGUGGAUUUUUCACUCGUUACGGUAAAUGCCCCAACGUGGGUCGUUGUCCAUUUAUCCAUGAUGUUAAUCGAAGGGCCAUCUGUCCUCGUUUCUUACAAAACAGAUGCCAAAAAGCCUGUAAAUUAUCUCAUACCCCCAACCAGUUUAAUAUGCCUCAUUGUGUUCAUUUCCAAAAGGGCCUCUGUAAGAACGACCCUUGCAUGUACAUCCAUGUAAGAACAAGUGCCGAUGCUCCCGUCUGUAAGGCAUUUGCCAUGGAGGGUUAUUGUCCUAAAGGGACGGAAUGCGUAGAAAAGCAUAUCCAUGUCUGUCCGGAAUUCGCAGAAACCGGAAAAUGUUCAAAUGCCAAUUGUAGGUUACCUCAUGUUGCGAGACGCACAGCAGAUAAGAGUUCAGGUAUUAUUCGAUUAGGAAGUUGGGUAAGUCCUCAAUACUUUCAUGCACAAAAGAUGGCGAAAUUGGAAAAGAGAAAAGCGCUGGAAGAAGCUGCUGCUGCAAAAGUGUGGACGAGACCGCAAGAACAGGAUGAUACAAAAGAAGUGGAUCGAGAAAAAGAAGAACAAGAUGGAUUUGUACGAUUAUUUGAUGAUAGCGACGAAGACGAUGGUUGGAGUCAGUUUGAAAGGGAAAGUGAAGGUGGUGAUAUUAAAUCACUGCGAUUUAAUGAAGAGGAAAGUGAAGAGGAGAGUGGUGAAGAGGAAGAAGAGGAAGAAGAGGAAGAGGAAGAAGAGGAAGAAGAGGGAAGUGAAGAAGAGGUAUAUGAGGAGGUGUCGGAUGAUGGCAUGUCGGAUAUCGAAGAGCCUCCGUUACCAGCUUAG